AUGGAAAAUGUGUGGUUUUGGAUUUUCGGAUGGAUCUUGUCCGUCUUGACUCUGACAGGGAAUGGAUUAGUCAUCCUUUUGGUGUGCAGACGUCGACAGCUUCGCACCGAAACCAACGCUUUUAUCGUUUCCCUGGCAAUUGCUGAUUUCUUUGUGGGGUUAACUGCCAUUCCCUUGCAGUUCUUCUAUACACUGGCCAGCGGGAGAGACGCACUGCCUAAAACCUCCAUCGGUUAUUUUGCAGUGAUGUUUAUAAGGGUGGUUUUCCAGUAUACAUCUGGUACAAAUUUAUGUUGCUUAAUGUUGGAUCGGUACAUCGCUGUUACGAAACCUUUGAAGUAUCUGCCUUUCAUGAAACGCCGUCGAGUCAUUCAAAUGAUCGCUUUAGCCUGGGGAAUACCAUCAACGGUGAUAACACUUGUCGCAUCCCUUCGCUUUAGUCUAAAUAACUCUCUGCUUUAUAAGAUCAGCGGCUGGUUUUAUGCGUGUUUUGAAAUACCUUUAUGCCUUAUUUUAAUCUUCUGCUUUGUAUCUAUGUUUCGAAUCGUUUGCAAACACAAGCAAGCCGCUCGAAUCUUGGCUAAACAAUUACAUUUUAAUCAUGAAGUUUUCAUCAAGACUCAAGGGAAGUCGACAGUUAAAAUGAUGGCGGUCGUUGUAGCUUUGUUCCUGUUGUGUUACAUAAUAUUUGCGCGAUGCAGUUUCGUUUUAAUCUUAAACAGUCACAACUCAUGUGAAGACACCGGUUAUAAAUUACCUAUCUUAGUUGUGAACUCAGCCGUUAACCCGCUAUCAUACGCCAUCUUCAAACGAGAUAUAAGGAAGGAGCUCAAAAGACAAAUGCACUUUAUUAAUAAUUUUUGA